GCGCGCGCAGCGGCAGCAGCAGCAGCAGCAGCAGCCGCCUCCGCGCAGGCAUGGACAUGAUGCUCUUGGUCCAGGGCGCUUGUUGCUCCAACCAGUGGCUGGCCGCCGUGCUGUUGAGCCUCUGCUGCUUGUUGCCGUCCUGCCUGCCCGCCGGCCAAAGUGUGGACUUCCCCGGGACGGCUGUGGACAACCUGGUGGUCAGGAAAGGGGACACGGCUGUGCUUAGGUGUUACUUGGAAGAUGGAGCUUCAAAAGGUGCCUGGCUGAACCGGUCCAGUAUUAUUUUUGCAGGAGGAGACAAAUGGUCAGUAGAUCCUCGGGUUUCAAUUGCAACAGCAAAUAAAAGGGAGUACAGCCUCCAGAUACAGGAUGUGGAUGUGUCAGAUGAUGGUCCAUAUACUUGUUCGGUGCAGACUCAACACACACCCAGAACAAUGCAGGUGUACUUAACAGUAAAAGUUUCUCCAAAGAUAAGUCAUAUCUCAAAUGACAUUGUGGUGAAUGAAGGAAGCAACGUCACCCUGGCUUGCUUGGCUACAGGGAAACCAGACCCUUCCAUUUCUUGGAGACAUAUCUCUCCAUCAGCAAAACCAUUUGAAAGUGGACAGUAUCUGGACAUCUAUGGAAUUACAAGAGACCAAGCUGGGGAAUAUGAAUGCAGUGCUGAAAAUGAUGUCUCAGUCCCAGAUGUGAAAAAAGUAAAAGUCACAGUAAACUUUACCCCAACAAUUCAGGAAAUAAAAUCCAGUGGAGUGACGCUCGGAGGGACUGGAUUCAUAAGAUGCGAAAGUGCGGGUGUUCCUUCCCCAGCUUUUGAAUGGUACAAAGGAGAAAGGAAACUAAUCAAUGGACAACAAGGGAUUACUAUUAAAAGCUAUAGUUCAAGAUCAUUUUUAAAUUUCAACAAUGUGACAGAGGAGCAUUUUGGCAACUAUACAUGUGUCGCUGCCAACAAACUAGGCACAACCAAUGCCAGCCUGCUUCUUAACCAAAUUAUUGAGCCUACUACUACUAGUCCUGUCUCAAGCCCAGCUCCAAGUACGACUCAGCUUGGGAUCACUGGGGCCGCUGAAGUUCUAUUGUCCUGCUGGUACCUUGUGUUGACAAUGUCCUCUUACACCAGCAUAAUGUACCUGAAGAACAUCGUUCUACAAUAAAUGUAAAGAACCAUGAAAAGCUUUUAAGGAUUCUUUGAAAGUGCUGAUGACUGGAUCCAAUCUGGUAGAGUUUGUUUAAAAAAAAAAAAAAGCGGCGUCGGAUAUAAUCAGCAGUGCUUAUAUGGGGAAUGAUCGCCUUCUGUAGAAUUGCUCAUUAUGUAAAUACUUUAAUUCUACUCUCUCUUUUUUUAUUAGCUGCAUUACCUUGUGAAGAAGUACACAUUGUCCUUUUCUUUUCUUUUCUUUUUAAAAAGACGUGAAAGCUCUGAAAUUACUUUUAGAGGAUAUUAAUUGUGAGUUCAUGUUUGUAAUCUAUAACUUUUCAAAAGCAUUCAGUCAUGGUCUGCUGACUUUGCAGACUGUAGUUUACAUAAAAAGAACCCAAAUAUUGCAGUUAAACACGUGAUCUUUAAGGCUGCAAUACAAGCAUUU